AUGUCCCCCGCCAACAGGUCACUCCACUCUAACCUUCUUGUCACUCCUCCUCGCGACAUUUCGCCCACCUCCUCUCUUGACUCGGCAAAGAGCGGCGUCGUCUUCACUCCUGCUCGAAACGCCUCUGGCGCCUCUCCUUUGGUACGAUCGCCCUCUGCCGAUACGUUGGUCAGUGACGACCUGCAUUCCGACUCUCGUCAGAUCGAGGAGCCUGUCAAAGCUCACCAGAAGCCCCACUUCUGGCGCUUGACGCCUCCGCCUUCGCCUUCUUGA